AUGGACUCUACCGCUUUUGCUGAUUUUCGAGCCAUUUCGCCACUUUCUGGAGCAAUUUCAACCUUCCAUGGCCGCAGCUUACCCUGCACCCUCACAUACUAUAGCAACUUCCCGUCUCCACCACCAGCAGUUACAAGAAGCUACUAUUCUUCCGACCAACGGCGACGAUGUCGAUUUUCUGAAUUCCGGCGGCUUCACGCUCUUCCUUAUGCUACACCCGACACCAGAAAUUUAGUUCCGACCCAAGAGGGAGUUUACACGGUCGGUGAUUUUAUGACGAAAAGAGAGCGUUUGCAUGUUGUAGGUCCUACAACAACUGUUGAUGAAGCAUUGGAAACUCUGGUGGAGAAAAGAAUCACUGGAUUUCCUGUGGUUGAUGAUGAUGGGAAGUUGGUUGGGGUUGUUUCUGACUAUGAUUUAUUGGCCCUUGACUCCAUCUCAGGUGGGGCUCAACAAGAUACAAACUUGUUCCCGGUUGUUGAUAGCACUUGGAAAACAUUUAAUGAAAUACAGAAGUUACUCAGCAAAACUAAUGGGAAGGUUGUAGGUGAUCUUAUGACUCCUUCACCACUAGUUGUACGGGAAAACACCAAUCUUGAGGAUGCUGUGAGGUUAUUGCUUAAAACAAAGUAUCGGCGUCUGCCUGUUGUUGAUGGAGAAGGAAAGCUGAUUGGAAUCAUUACAAGGGGUGAUAUUGUUAGAGGUGCUCUACAGAUAAAGCAGGCCACUGAGAAUACGUGA